CAGUGAUUCACCUAUCUUGACACCUUGAUGCUGACUGUAGUAAACCGUAGAUCGGCAGUGUAGUGUAAAUUGUAGUGUACGAAAGGGAAAAAGUGUGUAGAUGACGAAAAAAGGAAGAUAUAUUUGAUGAGGGAAGUUGCAAUGUUUUGGCGAAAAUUUGCCCAUUAAUUCCUUGCCAGCAACAAGCGGAAUAUUGUGCUAAAAAUAGUGUGCAGCUAACAAGCGACAUAGUUUCAGGCGGUGCAACUGGUGCUGAAGGUGUUGUCUAUUUUGUGAUUUUAUCGUUGAUUAAACAGCUGAGCAAAAGAAAAUUGCCGUGAAAACUACAGCAACGGGGCAGAUUAGUACGAUUUUCGCCACAAAUCGCAAAUCUCUUGUGGGGGAAAAUAUUGGCUGAUAAGAAGAAAAAUAUAUUCUGUCGAAAAAACAGAAAUGGAUGAGUUGACCGAGACGGAAUUGCGCUACUAUAAUGAUAUAUUCAAGAUAAGCAGCGAAUCGUCGGACAGUACAGGAAAGAUUCCGGCUUUGAAUGCUACUUCGCUUUUCCGGACCGCAAAUUUAUCCAACGAGGUCAUCAACAAGAUUACCUCAUUGGUUGGCAUUCCACAAACCGCACUGCACCUAUCCCGGCAGCAGUUUUACGGCUGUCUGAAGCUCAUCGCAGCCUAUCAAGCAUCAGUUCCUCUGCGCGAAGAGAUACUAACAUCAACGAUUAACCUUCCUUUGCCACAAUUCAGCUGGAUUGAUUCACCUACAGCGUUUCCUCAUGUCACUGGUGGAACAGCGUCAGCGAGUCUGGGUGCACCAUCCUUGAGUUCCGGUAGUGUCAUAGCCGAGCGGAAUGGUUACACAGCUCGCCCGUCGGAUUACAGGGAAAUCAAAACCAGUAAGGAUCUCAUAGAAUUGGCUGCCACUAGCAGUAGUAGCAGUCGAGAGCGGAUAGACAAAGCCUGUAACAGUGGAGAAAUGACAAAUUCGGAUCAACCGAGUACGGAUUCUGAAGUAGAGCACAAUGAUGAUCCGAUGCUGAGGUCAGCCGAGCGCCACCACGUCGUGAAUGUGAAAGGUCAUGGUGGGGGAAAAUUGAUAGGAGGUGGACCGAUUGGGCAUAGUGGUGUGGUUGGUGGAUCCCCUGAGGCAUGGAGUACGGCAAGUGAUAGUCCCACGCCUACGAAUAGUGUUGCAGAACGUCCUUGGGCUAAUCAGAACCUUUGGCAAGGGUUGGUUUGUGAGGAGCAACGGCAGCUGUUAGGUACUGAGGAAGAAUCUUCUGAUAAACACAGUAGUGACGAUGACCAAGAAAUAGAUAUCGAGUAUUUUUAUCAGAUUUCCCAAACGUCAAAAGACUAUUAUGUUAAACAAUUUCGAACCAUACAGCCAGAUAUAUAUGGUUUAGUGAGCGGGCAGGUUGCAAGGGUAUUUUUUGAAAAAUCUCGCAUACCAAUCGAGGAACUUCGUCAUAUAUGGCAAAUGUGUGAUGUAACACGAGAUGGUGCGCUGAAUCUGGCUGAAUUCACCGCCGCUAUGCAUCUGGUUGUUUUACGACGAAACAACAUUCCUGUUCCGGCGACACUUCCUCCUUGUUUAAUGCCGAGUCUGCUGCAGCAAUCCUUAUUUUCAAAUGCGAGCGGAAACCUACAAAGUCAGAAUAGUGGUGGCUCUGCGGGAGGAGCUAGCAUAGGCAGCACCACUGGAACAGAUGCUAGUAGUAGUAUACGGGAACGAGUGGGACCGGAGGAGGCGGAUUUAUUGCACCUUGAGAGUGAUGAUAACACUAACAAUAGCACUAGCGUGAACGAUACUAAAGAACAUCAGCGCAUAAUCUCACAUCCAGAAACGGUAAAGUUUGGCCAUCAAAUACAAAAUAACAAUGCAUCCGCAACUCUAGUGGCGGUAGCUGGUAGUGAAAGUCCUCAGCCAACUUCUUCAACGGCAAGCAAUUUGAAGAUGAUAAAUACCAGUGGUGGCAUUCGGAAGACUCCAACCAAUGUUAUCUCGCCAACACAUACGCAGCAAAAGGUGAAACACGCAAGCGAACAUCCGAUAACACCACCAAAUACAUUGAAUAAUAAGGAUUGGAAUGCUACCAGUAAAGAAUGGACAAAGUUCACUGAAUCUCCAACAUCUAAUGUUUCUAGUCCAGGACCAAAACCGGUUAAUUUUGAUAUGCAGCGUACCACCCAGGCGAUAGUAUCUGAUCCGCAAAUUUUACAUCCGGUACCACUUCGAGUUACACCAGUUGGUGCAGAGACGGCUGACAACAGUAAUCUGGUGUACAGCGACGUAACUGUUGGGACUGGUGGCAUCCUAAUCGUACAGCGAGACGAUUCCAGUCCGAAACAGUUGAAUACACAGCAGCAGCAGCUACAACCCCAUGGGCAGCACAUGAAUCAGCGUGAUUCUCUCACAAGUGGGGAUCUUCGUGCUAUACAGAGACCACAGCCGAAAAAGCCACCAUCAAAAGGUAUUGGUGCAAUUCCACCUCCUCCACAAAGAGAACCCAGUGUUUCAUCCAUAGCUGGCACGAUUGGUGUGGUGGACGGAAUGGCCACUUCGCUCGAUACAGCAACUUUCAAUAGUGUCAUCAACACCACGGUGUGUCAUCCAGUUGCCAAUACAGUUGUGAACAGUGCCAGUAAGAAGGACCAACCUCCACCACCAUUGCCUCCACCGAGGCCUACCCAACAUCGGCACACUCGUAGCAGUAGUUUGGAUUUGAACAAGCUGAAACUGAACACAGCCAGCGGAGCAGCUGCGGGGUUGACCAAGCAGCUGGAAGAUCAAAUGCGUAUGCCACCACCACCGGAAGUUCCACCGCGUGUCACACCCACAACCGAACAACCAACGCGUGGUUUCGCAGAUUUUGCUCAGUUUUCCAGCUCUCCCGCGGCGGGUGGAAACAGAAUGGUAUCCGCCGAAAACAACGUCACUACGAUACAUCUGGACGCGGCCGGCAAUAUCACAGGGACAUCCGCCAGUUCUGCUCAGCGUGGUAGUUUAGCCAACUCGCUGAUCGUGGGUGGACCUCCCCUUCAAACGGUGUCUCGCAACAGCGCAUUCGAGGUGUAUCGUAAGCCUCAGCAGCAGCAGCAGCCAUCUCGAGGAUCCCAAUCGCCGACACAGCUUCCUCCACCGCUGACAACUUCGCGGAGCGUCGAAUCAUCUUCAGCGGAGCACGAAAAGCGCAUGAUGGCAAUCAGUGACAACCUUCGUCAGGUGAGAUUCAAAACUACCGAAACAUCCAAUGGCACUGACGUGUUGAAACAUUUGAAAGAACAAAAUCUGCUCCUGUUGCGAAUAUGUAGCGACUUGAGCGAAGAAUUACUUCAGAUUCAGCAAAAGAGGGAGGAUAUAAGAAUAAAGAUUGAAUUCCAGGAAGAAAAUUUAGGCGUAAGUACAACCAAUUUAUCAGCGGGACAAACCGCAAGUACCACGGUAUCUUCUAGCCAUUUAGCAUGAGAUAUGUAUUGUUAAUACACAAUUGAUUUCAUGGUGAGUGACAGUAGAAAAUUGAUAUAGGUACGGUGUUGAUUACGUGUUUGUUUCUGGCGAUGAUGAAACUACAAUUUUCUCAAACUCUUACUUGCUCGAUAACAAAAUGUGAAAACAAGACAAAUGAAGGUUUUAAAUAUUGUUAGUAAUCUUAAAAGAGUUUUAUAAUCCUACGACCUACGACCUACGGGGAUGUCCGUUGAAGUAACAGAGGGGUUGUUCUUAUACGUGGUUGGAGCACUUCAAAAUCCUGUUUCAUUCUUUUUUUUUAAAUUCCUGCUCCAUGUUUGAGAUUCGUUUAAAAUAAAUGCUCCGCGCAAAUUGUUUCACAUUGACCUUUUUUGGAGAAGGAAAAAGUACGUUUCUGUGAGUAUCAGUCGAAGGAAAUUAACAUUUACAAACAUUAUGUCUGAAUUGUUAAUAUAGGAUAAUGGUUGAUAUAGUAAUGUGCUACGAAAUAUAUAUAUAUAUAUAUAUAUAUAUAUAUAUAUAUGAAGCAAUGCUGAAAGUUUAUUUUCUGUUAUUUGCUGCAAAAUCUAGUAUGAUACUGAUAAAAUAAAACCUUUCCGGAUGCGUUGCUAGAGAGGGCUGUCUAUGGAACAAACAUAGAUACUUAUUUUUAUAAAGAUGUAAAAACUAUUUAAAUCUACUUUUUAAAAGUAACACUCAAUUUUAUGAGACAGUGCAAACACAGUAUUACGUUUAGAGAGACAUGAACGAAUGAAAUUUUUGGUUCCCAAAAAACGAGCGAUCGUAACAAAAUAUAAUCAGAAAGAUAAACGCAUCCUUUUGUCACGCUGGAAGAAAAUUUUACUUAGAGAGUGCUAUAUGAAAUAAAUCAAACUAGCAAUCAAACAAUGAAAAAAGUAAUCGUGUAUUGUACUAGCUUCUGUGCUGUCUGCAAAUCUGGAACAAAUAGGAACUAUUUUAUGUUUAUAUGGAAUGACUUGUGUGAUCCAAUCGAAAUGAAAAAUGCCACCACGAAAUUCAUAUGAUGAAUGUAAAUUAUGUUUUCAACAAAAAUGUCAGUAAAAUAAA